GCAAUGGUAAAGUUGCAGGGAAGCUUUCUGGUCGUAUUGUUGAUGCAGAUAUGCAUGACGUUGCUCGCUUCCUUAACCGCCUUCUGGGAUUGGCUCCUGACAUCCAGAAUAGGUUGUUUGAUCUCUUUAUAAGCAUACUUGAUGUUGUCCUUCACAAUGCACGAAGAGAAGGGCAGCUGGAUUCUGGAAUUGUUGAUAUUAAGGGUAAGAAUAUUGAAUUGAAAGAGCCACCAAAGACCGUUCAUGUUGAUAGCUUGUCUGGUGCUACAACAAUACUGUUUACUUUCACCAUUGAUAGGGGAGUUACCUGGGAGUCGGCAAAGGCAAUGCUUGAUGGAAGAGAGAAUGAUGGUGCUGGUUCUUCCAAUGAUGGGUUUUAUGAGUCCAAAAGGGAAUGGAUGGGGAGAAGACACUUCACUCUAGCUCUUGAAGGCUCAACUGAAGGAAUAUACAAGAUAAUUCGACCUGCUAUUGGUGAAGCAUUAAGGGAGAUGCCUUUAAGUGAACUGAAGGGCAAGUACAGGAAGGUGUCAUCAAUAGACAAAGUUAGCAAAGGUUGGCAGGAUGAAUAUGAUGUUUCAUCGAAACAGUGUAUGCAUGGAUCCAAAUGCAAAGUUGGGAGCUACUGUACAGUAGGAAGAAGGCUGCAGGAGUUUAACAUUUUGGGUGGUCUGAUACUUCCAGUGUGGGGCACAAUUGAGAAGGCCCUAGCUAAACAGGUUUAUCAAAAUCACAAAAGAAUACGUGUUGUCCGUCUAGUGACAACGAAUGACAAUCAGCGGAUUGUUGGACUAUUCAUUCCGAAUGCAGCAGUGGAGUCAGUACUAACAGGCUUGCAAUGGGUCCAAGAUAUUAAUGAUUGACAUGGAAAUAUUUUUAUUUCUGACAUUCAUAUUGGUGGUGUUGAUCACAUGGCUGAUGUUAAGAAGCAGCAGGUUUCAGAGGCUUGGUGCAUUUAAUUUUGUUCCUAGGGAGCUGCCUAGCCAAUCUGUUUAAUUUAUGGGAGUUCUUAGCUUAGUAAUUAGGCGAGUAAAUACUAGCAACAUCUGUGUGUAACAUAUGCAGUGUACCAUCAGUGUGGUCUCUUGUUUGCACUUGGUUUAUAUCUUGUAUAUUGCUUUGUAAAGCAACCAAAAGCUCAGGUAAUCUCACAAGAGGAAAGAAAAAAGCACCUCACCAAUAUGGUGUCAUAGUGCUCA